UGAUUGUCGAUUGUUGAUUUUGAUUGCAUUGUGGAUGGCAACUACAAAUUUACUAUUUCAUCAACCAGCUUUAUAACAUAAUUAUUCGAACAUUUCGGACGUGAUUGCAAAAAUUAACCUUCCUCUUUGGUGAUUGUUUAUAUGUAUUUUGUAAUUACCAUAUUCGAUAAUUAAAAAUUUUCGGGUCCCGCUUAUAAUGGCACAGAACGCAGUAGAACCUAUGCAAGUGGACGCGCCUCCAGAGGAUAAUGACAACAUUGAUGAAGAAACAUAUAGUGUGGAGAAUCCAACACUGGAUCUGGAAGUGUAUGCUAACAGCUACACAGGAUUAGCAAAACUUUUCAGGUUGUCUUUCAUAAUGGAUCAUUGUCCAUCUUUGAGGCUUGAAGCAUUGAAAAUGGCAAUUCAAUAUGUAAUGACCACAUACAACGUUUCCUUAUAUCAACUUUUCCACCAAAAACUACAAGAAGUUAUCUCUACGAUGAACGUUCCAGAUGUUGCUUCUCCUUCAACUUCUCAAGAUAUACCGGUUAUCGAUCAUUCUUGGAUGGAAACUCGUGCUAAAAAGGCAGCUCUAAAAUUGGAGAAAUUAGACAAUGACCUAAAGAACUACAAAGCAAAUUCUAUCAAAGAGAGUAUAAGAAGAGGUCAUGAUGAUCUAGGAGAUCACUAUUUGGAUUGUGGAGAUUUAUCAAAUGCAUUGAAAUGUUAUUCAAGGGCUCGAGAUUAUUGCACUAGUGGGAAACAUGUGGUCAAUAUGUGUUUGAAUGUGAUAAAAGUUUCAGUUUAUCUACAAAAUUGGUCUCAUGUGUUGAGCUAUGUAUCCAAAGCAGAAAGUACCCCAGACUUCAAUGAGGCAACAUCACAAAACAAAGAGCUCCAUCAAUUUACAGUAACAAAACUAAAAUGUGCUGCUGGGUUGGCAGAAUUAGCUACUGGCAAAUAUAAAUCAGCAGCAAAGCAUUUUCUGUUAGCAAACUUAGACCAUUGUGAUUUCACAGAAGUGUUAUCUGCAAAUAAUGUUGCAAUGUAUGGUGGCUUAUGCGCACUUGCAACAUUUGAUCGUCAUGAAUUGCAAAAAAAUGUAUUCAGUAGUUCCUUCAAAUUGUUUCUAGAGUUAGAGCCACAACUAAGAGAUAUUAUAUAUAAAUUUUAUGAGUCAAAGUAUGCAUCAUGCUUACAAUCCCUCGAACAAAUAAGAGACAACUUACUGCUUGAUCUGUACAUAGCACCACAUGUUAACAAUCUUUAUACCAGAAUACGUAACAGAGCUUUAAUACAAUACUUCAGUCCUUACCUUUCUGCAGAUAUGCAUAAAAUGGCAAUUGCAUUCAACAGAUCUGUCAGUGCAUUGGAAGAUGAACUAAUGCAGCUCAUUUUGGAUGGGCAAAUUCAAGCAAGAAUAGAUUCACACAAUAAAAUUUUAUAUGCAAAAGAUAUUGAUCAAAGAAGCACCACUUUUGAAAAGAGUUUAGCGAUGGGAAAGAAAUAUCAGAGGAGGACAAGAAUGCUUAUUUUGAGAGCAUCAGUUUUGAAAUACAAAAUACAUGUAAAGAGCCCUCAAAGAGAUACCAGUGGACACAGUGGAGAAACAACAGUGGCUCCUGGUACUAGCUCAAUCCUCUUACCUAAAAAUUAAGUUUUCCUCCAGUCAUUAAAGAUACAAAAAAAUUGAAUUUUUGUUUCUUCCUAUAAUUUAUGUAUCGAUCUUUCACGUAUUGUAAAUGCUACCAUUCAUUAUACAGUUUUUGAAAAUUUGAUUAUAGUUGAAUAAAUAAAUAAAAACGUACUCAAAUU